CCCGCUCAGUCUAAUUUGAACCGUCGCGCGCGCCCGACGCGGGGCCAACGACGAUCCCUUCUCCGCCGAGACGUGACACGAGGUCCUCGUGCACGCGACGACGCUGACGUCGAGCCGUCGCAGAAAAGAAAAGUCUACCGUCGGCAACCAUCGCUUCGCGAUAAUUCACUUAGAUCGCCGUCGUCGAUCCGUCGACUCGUCCUCGUGCGCGUUUCGACUUUCUCCUAUUAUUACUCUUUACCCCCUUUUUCCGUCACGUUACCCAUUUUAUUCGCAAUCGCGAUCGAUCCGACACUUCGAUCGAUUCUACGUACCCUUCGUAAAGUGUCCCACCUUUUUUUCUUUAAUAUUUCUCUUUUUUUUUUUUUUUUUUCUUUUCUUUUUUUCCACAUUCGUGUCUAUCCGCGCGCGAUAACGCGCAGCAACGAGAUCUAGCGAGCAAAAGAAAGAGACAGACAAAAAGACAGACAGAGAGACAGGAGAGAGAGAGAGAGAGAGAGAGAGAGAGAGAAACAGAGACAGAUAUAAAGACAGAGACAUUUUGCUGUGGGGGGGCGCGCGCGCGCGCGCGUGCAAUCACGUAUAGAUAGAGGGUGGGCCGCGCGGCGGAUCGCGCGACUUUCGAAGGACGAAAUAUCGAGAUGCGUCGCGAUGAUUCCGCGUCCUGAGCGGACACCCUCGACGCGAUUACUAACGAACACGAUCGUACUCAUCUCGCCCGAUCGGGACUGUCGUCUCUACCCGAGCCGAGAUCGUCUUCUCUCUCUCUCUCUCUUCUUUUAUCGUGCGCGCGAACUCGCGCGACGAUGAAGAAGACGAUAAUAAACGCGACGAUUGCGAGGGUGACGAUGAUAAUGACGACGGCGACGACAACGACGAAGACGAAGACGACGACGAAGACGACGACGACGACGACGACGACGACGACGAAGAUGAGACUACCGGUAAUUUCUUCGGUGGACGCGUCGACGUCUUGUUAUUGCUUUUAUCGGUGGUACAACGCGUCUUGAACGAUCGAACGAGACGUUCCCGAUACUUUCAAAGAAAAGAAAAUUUUAUCAGAGAGAAAGAAAACGAGAGAGAGAGAGAGAGAGAGAGAGGGAGAGAGAGAGAGAGAGAGAGAGAGAGAGAGAGAAAGAACAGAGAGAGAGAGGAGGACGCGAGGGUAACGCGACGGGGUGGUUUCUCUCUCUCUUCGGGGUGACCGAGGCUUAGAACACCUCACCACCCCCGAGAAGAUCGUCAAGCAGCUCGGACGAUGUGGGCGUCUCUGCUUUUGGCCGGAUUCUUAAGCGGCUGGUGGGGCGCGUUCGCGUUAGCUGCGGCACCCCCCGCCAAUCGGAACACCCUCGAUGAAAGCGCGAAGCAUCGCCAAGCUUCAAGGACGACAGCCCUCGACACGGCACUACAGCCCAUUUUGCAUCCCCAAACGAAUUCGCGAAUCGACGUAAGUCCAUUGACGCGACGACCAAGACACUCGUCCUCCCAAGAAGCAUCUCCUCGGGAGAUUUCCUUGAAAGCUGCCGCAGAAGCCGCCGCAGCCUAUUAUCCCUAUCGUGAGGAAAUACCGACCGCCAACGACGGCCGGUUCUCGCGGUCGACCAAGCAACGUGGAAAGAAUCGCGGAAGGGCGGACUCUCCGCGCGAGCAAAGACGCGGAUGCAAGAUCAAGGGUACCUGUCGAGGUCAAAAUUGGUGUCCCGACAUGGACGUCGGUAAUAGAGCCUAUUUGGCACCCACAGUUUUCGAAGGAAAGGCCAGAAGCAUGUCCUCGGUUAGAAAGCCUGGAUCAAACUAUGCCGUUACCUUCGAGGUAAAGCACGUUUAUAAGAGUCAACCAGGUUUUCCACCGCUACAGAAAAACGAUAGCGUCAGGUUACACUUUCGCGACAAGUCCGCGCCCGGUAAAUCGACCGUAUGCGGAUACGAGGGCUACGAUAACAAUGCCGCCGGCAAACAACAACAGCAACAACAACAACGAGGAGGAGGAGGAGGAGGAGGAGGAGGAGGAGGAGGAGAUCAGAGUGGUGUGGUGCGCGCCAAUAUUAAGCGAGGUAAAGUGUAUCUAGUGUUUGUGAAUCGGGUUGGACCCAGAAACUUCACGAUCCUCGGUGAGCCGGUGAUUCGCAGCAAGAAGAACGAACAGGCGGUCCAGGCCGUCGUUCGACCGGACUACGUGCGAGAAGUUACGUUGUCCGAACUCAGGGACUCAAUAGCGAGGUUACGAGACAGAGUAAAGCUAGUAUGCAGAACGAGGGGAUCGCCGCCCCCAAGAGUACACUGGCUCAAAGACGGCAUACCACUACACCCAAGAAGAGGACUCAAAAUCCAACACAAAAGGCGGAGAUCGAAAAUCGUGAUAUCCUCCGCGAAGCCCGAAGACAGCGGCAGAUACGAGUGCAUUGCCGAGAGUACUUCAGGUCACCGGGCCUCCCUUGCGGCCCAACUUCUAGUCGCACACGAUACCAGAAUUCCGGAGACAACGACAGCGGCAUGGCUGAGGCAGGAGCAGCCCUGUCCAAUAGCAGGAGACUUUUGCAUGAACGGUGGUACCUGCCUAUUUUUUGAGACUGUCGGUGAACCAGCAUGCAGAUGCGCGGAAGGCUUCACGGGUCUACGGUGCGAGACGAAGGACGUCAUCAGCACCGGAAAUAUGGAUAAGUUUUCUUCGUUCGCCGAGGACGUGACGCUCGCCCGCUUCUAGCGCAUCUAGCGGCACUGUCAAGCUUGCACAUCAGGACAUUCAUCGUGUUUUGUUUUGUUGUAGCCUUACCCACAUCCCCUUCUCCAUUCCUACAAAGGUUCCUGCAUUCGCGUCUUCGUCUUCAACAAUCUUCUUGGGCUCUCCUAUCGUAUAUUACCAAGAACAUUCCUUACGAUUUUUAAUUAUUCAAGGAAACGAUUGUUCAUCGACAACCAUAGAUCGUCAUCUUCGUCACAUCAUUAUCUCUUGUUACAUCUCGUAUUAUUUACUUUCCUACUAUCCAUUCGUUUCUCCAAUUUUUUUCCUAUUACUACUACUACUACUACUACUACUACUACUACUACUACUACUACUACUACUACUACUACUACUACUACUACGACUACUACUACUAUUAUUACAAGGUCAUUUUGAACGAAAGAGACAACAUAGAUAUUACAUUUAUUUCGCAAAGGAGAGCCUCAGGAGACGAAGCGAGUCGCCGACCAACGUCGUUCUCGCGAAUCCCGCAUCCUGGACCGUCGUGAACCGAAAGAGCUAAAGGAAACGUCAGGGUGCAUACUUUUAGCUCGAAAGAGAUCCUCCUCGCAAAACUCUGAUCCGCAUCGAUCAACAUACGACAAUGCAACGACGAUGACGACGACGACGACAACGACGACAAUGAUGUUUACUACGACAAUGACGAGAUUCUGUCAUCGAAAUCAUCGUUAAUCAGAUUAUUCCUGUCGAAACGUGAAGUGAAGCUAUCGGAUCUGUGCGUCUACAGUCUGGAAGAGGAUUAAAAAAAAGGAAAAAAAGAAAUAAUCGAUUAGAUCGAAGAGUCAAAAAUAUCUGCGGUUCGAGUUGAAGCUUUGAAAAAGAAAAAAGAAAUAAAAAAAGAAAUAAAGAAAAGAAGAGAAAAAAAAAAAAGAGAAAAAGGAUACACGAAUGACGGUGUUAUCGAUUGUGGCCUAUUUUUUUAGAAAGGGGGGUGAUAAAAAAGAAAUAACCGAGACCAACGAAAGUAUUAUUGCAACAACGAGUUAAUUCGAUUCGAUCGAUUCGAAUUACGUCUAUGGACGAUUUUUAGCUUUAUCACGCGAUCGAUCAUUGAAUUUAAAAAAAAAAAAAAAAAAAAAAAAGAGAGAAUAAAAAAUAAAAACUCAUCGAUGAUACGUCAUUCUCAUGUGUAUACUUACUUUUUUUUCUUUUCUUUUCUUUUCUUUUCUUUUCUUUUCUUUUUUUUCUUUUUUUUUUCAUUCAGGAAGGAUCGAAAGGAAGAGCGACGUCUUCUUUUUUUGUAUAAAAGGAAAAAAAAAAAGAAAAAAACAAAGGAAAGAAAAAGGAAGAACAAAAAAAUUGUGAACGAAAGUAUGUCGAAUGAUCUUGAAAACGGGGGAAAAAAUGAGAAUUAGGAUGGAUUAUGAGAAAGGACGUGGGUACUACCAUUAGAAAAUAUAAAAGUAUCUGGCCAAAAGGCGUCGUCGUAAACCGUAUUUUAGAACACGUGGAAAUUCGCGAGAAUAGAACACGUGUGCGAAAAAGAUUUCAUUUCACUAGAAAAAGAACGUGCCAAGGAUGAUCUUUGAAUCCCGUAAUAGGAUUUUUAGGAUCAGCACGUUCGUUCGAUACGAAAGGCGGUAUCUUUGAGGCGAACAUGUAAUCCAAAAGGCAAAGGGAAAAAAAAUUUGUAAAUCCUUUAUAGAACGUAAAACUCGAAUUAUAAUGACGAGAAUUAAAUAAAAAAAAAAAAAAAAAAAAAAAAAAAAAAAAAAAAAAAAAAAAACAAAAAAAAGAAACAAAAAAUUAAAAAAAAAAAUCAUUUCGUUGUCGAAACGUUCAUUACGGAUGAUCGGAUGAAUUAAUUAAAAGGUACAUCUGUUCGUCGUUAAAAAGAGGAAAAAAUAAAUAAAUAAAUAGAAGAGUCGAAACAAAAAAAAUGGAAGAAAAAGAAGAAACAAAAGAAAUUGUGUUAACAAGGAUACGAAUUUAAUUUAAAUCACCUCGAAGAUCCGCCCUCGUCUCUUGUUGUAAACGAAAUAAUUCAAAGUGCGAAGGAGAAGAUUCGAUCUAUCAUAAAAGCACGCUCCUUGACCGUUUUAAAGGAAAUUCUUCGAGCAUACUUUCGGUUUCGCUGACGCGUUCAGGACGCUCUUGUACAAAGUAUUCCUUAUAUCUCCUUGACCCGUUCCAGUGUCUCUUCUUGUGGGAUCGGAAACGCGAACGUCACGCAAAUCGUUGUUCUCGUCAAUCAAAAAAAAAAAAAAAAAAGAAAAAAAAAAAAAGAAAAAGGAAAGGAGAAGAAAAAAGAGAAAAGAAAGAAAAAAAAUAAAUAAAAAGAAGAAAAAAUGAAUGAAUAAAUAAAUAAAUAAAUGAAAAAAAGAAUGAUGACGCAUUAACGAGAUAAAAAGUAAUAAUCAAAUUGUGAAUCUCAUAUAAUGCGAACAAAAUUUAUAAAUGAUCUUUUAACGUAGGUAUAUAUCUAAAUUAUGAUAACAUCGUUUUCGAAUGAUUGGAACAUUGUUGGGCGAACUAAUGAAGCCGUAAUUAUUUAAACAAACAAACAAACAAACAUCACCCGAACCAAACGCGUCAUGAUAAAAGAUUCAAUGGCCUAAAAACCGUAGUGAACCAGGUGGUUGUUACGGUACGUCGAUAAAUAUAUACCGGGUGCUCUCAAUUUAACGAGAUUCAACAACGAAUUCCAUUUGCGAUUUUAUCUCGGCUUGUGGCGAUUCGAUUCGACGACUUUCGAAUCGAGUUACGCUCUCGCUCAACACUUAUUCGAAUGGAAAAUUAGAAGCUUCCUUGUUCGAAGAGUUUAGUUCUCUAGUGUGAAUUGUACAACUCUGUCGGCACUUUUGAUAAGCUAUAUAUACCUACUUGCACCUUCCUAUAAAGGAAUCAAGAGUGAACUUAACGUGAAUAUUCGUGAUCAAAUUAAUACGUUAUUAUUCGAAGACGUUCUGUAUAGCGUGUUAUAAAAGUUUGCCUUUUAUCUUUAUAUUUGACGGUUGCAACGGGAGGAUGAAAGGGGGAGGAAAAAGAGAAGAAAGGGAAAAAAAAAGGGGUGGAUGAAGGCGGAGGGGGGGAGGAGGAGAACGUUAUUUGUGACGUUAGGAGAAAAACAAAGAAAACAAAAUAUAAUUAAAUAACAAAAAUAGAUGUACUUCCGCGUUUCUCGACCUACCAUGAAGAGACACGCGCGCGUGCGCAAACUUUUUACAUUUUAGAUACGUACAGAGAGAAAGAGUGAGAAAGAAAAAAUGAAAGAGAGAGAGAGAGAGAGAGAGAGAGAAAGAGAAUCGCGUUAUAGAUAGUCGAUGAACGAACGUAGCGAAGGAAAGUGUUCCGAUAUUCUCAAAAGCGUGAGAAGAAAUAAAAAAUAAAAAAAUUAAAAAAAAAAAAAAAAAAAAAAGAAGAAAGACAAGACGAAAAAAAGAAUAAAAAACGGACGAAGUACUUCGCGAACGUAGGAUAUUCUGAGAGAAAAGUUCAAGACGAAUAUUAAAAAUACCAAAUAAAAAAAAAAAAAACCAAAAAUUAUUAAAAAAGAAAAAAAAAAAGAAAUCGAUUAAGAUCGCCGUAGCAUAUGACAUGUCCGUGCAAGCUUACUAGUGCCGCCGUGCUUUUUCGUUAAAUUCCUUUGUCGCUCGUACCUAUCGAACGAUUCGUAUGAAAGUCGUCGUGAGUCAUCGACGACUCGUCGUUCCGUGUGUCAUCGACGUCGACAUCUUUUCAUUGCAAAAUAUAAAGAGAUAAAAAGAUAAAAAGGGAGAGAGAGAGAGAGAGAGAGAGAGAGAGAGAGAGAGAAGAAUAGAAGAAAAGAGGAAAAAACAAGAGAACAAAAGUGAAAGUGAGAAGCCAUCUAUUUUCAAUAUUUUUCGCUUUGAUAAAACGUCUUAUCGAUCGAUGAAUAUGAAAAAUAAAACAUACUCCUUCGUGUAUUCUCUGUAAUUGCAAAUUUCCCUUUUUAACUUAACUCUUUCCUAACUCGAAUAUUAAUUCUCAGACUAUAAGAAUAAUGAACGAUUGUAGGAACAAAAGGAAGUAAAAGAAGAAGAAGAAGAAGAAGAAGAAGAAGAAGAAGAAGAAGAAGAAGAGGAAGAAGAAGAAGAAGAAGAAAAAGGAGAGAGAGAGAGAGAGAGAGAAAAAAAGAAAGAAGAAAAAAAAAGAACUUAAAAUUAUCUUAAUCGAGCCGAAAUAUUUUGCUAAAAAUCUCGAAAAGUUUUGAAGAUCGUCGAAGAUAUUUAGAAACGUUUAUUAAUACGUAUUUAUACAUAUAAGUAUUGUAGAAUAUUCAUGAUCGGUCUUGUCGAUCGUUCGGUGUAUAAAUAAAAAUGAUAAGAUGAUAAAAAUUGUCCCGGCGGUAUAUAUAUAUAUAUAUAUAUGUAUAUAUAUAUAUAUAUAUAUAUAUAUAUAUAUGUAUGUAUAUAUAUAUAUACUACGUGAAAAUGACGUACGUGAUUUACCGGAACGACGAGUCUAGAGCAUAGCGAAUAAAUAAAGAAUGUAUUUUAUGAUAUUUUAUGCAUAAACAAGGGGAAAAAAAAAUCACGAUUGUAAGUCGAUAUAGCGAUAGUCCAAUAUAAAGUUUAAGUAGAAUUGUAUAAAGUGAAUAAGGAUAAAGGGAGGAGCAGAUAAAGAAGAGGGAACGAAAGAGAGAGAAAGAGAGAGAGAGAGAGAGAGAGAGAGAGAGAGAGAGAGACAGACAGAGAGAAAGAAAGAGAAAGAGAAAAAGAAAAAGAAAGAAAGACAGAGACAAUGUGUAAAACGUAUAGCAUCAUUCGAUCGUCGGCCAAAUCGAAAACUAUCGCGAUUUCUAUAGCAAAAUUCGAUGCUCGGAAUCGUACGAUUGACAGAACCGCAGGCCGGUGAUUCUACUUUCGGAAACGAUCGAAAAAUUGGUGUUCCCGUUGGAAACGUUGUUAAUACGUAUCGCCGUGGUCAAUUACAAGCUCACCCUCCUCCUCCUCCCGCCAUCCCCUCACCAUUUUUCCCUCCGCAAAACCUUCUCCGCUACUCUCUCUCUCUCUCUCUCUCUCUCUCUCUUUCUCUCUCUCUUUCUCUCCCUCCACUGGCCUCACAUUUUCCAACGGAAAAUUUCCGAUCCGAUUUUCCUUCGAACCAUACCAUACGCUUAACUCGUGACAAUUCUGAUAAUCAGUUUAUACGCUCCAAUUCUUGCUCGCCGAAGAGAUUUCGAUCGUUUCAAUUGCAUUCCUAGAGAGAAAGAGAUAGAUAGAUCAAUAGAUAGAUAGAGAGAGAGAGAGAGAGAGAGAGAGAGAAAGAGAGAGAGAGAGAAAGAGAAGCAAAAAAAGGGAUAGACUCAUUUAAUGACGACUAUCGAAGCGAUCGGAACGAAACAAACGUCUAGUAUUGCCAUAGGCGUAACAAAACAAACCGAUCGAAUUCUCAUAGUUUCCAACUGGGACUUCAAAAAACUUACGAUCGAACAAAUUUUCCAAAGUUUGUUCCCGGCUUUAUCAGGAAUCCUGAACAAUUGCGAUAUUAAUAACAAUGCUAAUGUAAAAUAUUGUAUAUUGUUUCGCGUUAUUUAUUUUUCAGUGUUUUUAAUAGAUGCGCGUUUAUACGGUAUUCUCUAAAAACAAACGUUAUUGCAUAAUGUUAUUGGGACGCGACUCGACCGACCCGCUGUCCUGCUGUCCCGCAUCACUCGCGACGAUUUAUCAUCCACGGUAUUAUUUUCUUUUUAAACCAAAGUAUAUGUAUAUACAUACGUAUGUACAAUACAUACAUAAAUACAUAUGUAUAUGUACACUUAUAUAUGUACUUGGUGCGAAUGAACGAUGAAAAUACAAGGGAAAGAGAGAAAGAGAAAGGGAGAGAGAGAGAGAGAGAGAGAGAGAGAGAGAGAGAAUUACGUGAUACGUAGAAUAAAUAACGUCCAAAAUUUUCGUUCCUAAUAUCGUCGACGAUAAAUGCAUCGUUUGCUCGCAUACGAAAUAGACUCCUAUGUUAAUUUCUAAAGCGUUUUCAUCUGCAUUAUAUAAUCCAACCUUUUGUUAUUCUUAUGUAGAUAUUCGUAUACAUAAUGUAUGUGUUGAUCUUCGGAUGAUUCAACGUCGAUGUAAAUAUUGAGUUGCGAUUCUGAUUAGAUUUUAAUUAGACUUUCUAAGCGUGAUUAGGGAUCCUCUAUUCAGUUUAAAUUUACGCGGAUUCUUUGAGUUUAGUUGAAAAGGAGAAAAAGAAAAAAGGAGAAAAUAAUGAAAAAAUGAAAAGGAAAAAAAAAUGGAAGGAAGGAAGGAAGAAAAGAAGAAAAGAAGAAAAGAAAGGAAAAGAGAAAAGAGAGAAAAAGAAAGAGAGAGAGAGAGAGAGAGAGAGAGAGAGAAGAAGAGAAGGAAGAAAAAUGAUGAUAUUCCCUAUUAUAUACCGAUAAUAAAUCUACGAAAUAUUUUUAUUCUUCGCCUGCGUGGGAUCACUUAUGUGGGACAGUGGAUCAAGAAGAUUAGUAUGUUUAUAAACUUCAACGUAACUCCAACAGCUUUUGCAGUGUGUGAAGUAACCCGAAUCCAGUGUAAACUAGUCUAGGACACGUUUAAGUAUGUAUGGCUUGGAGUGCAGAGAGAUAUUGCGAACGUACGAUCCGUCCACCAUCGGAGUGAUGUUCUAGCAGAGCUCGCUUAGAAAAAGGUCUCACGGGGGUCGAACGAGAACAAAGCUUUUCAUUCGGACGAAAAGAAAGAGAAAAAAAAAAAAAAAAAAAAAAAAAAAAAAAAAAACCUGUUACCUCGUUUUGCUCCUUUUUGUUUUGUAAACUUUCAUUCAUAUUUCAUUGAUUAACGUACACCGUUAAAACCACCGUUUUGUUCUUUUUUUUUCUUUUUUUUUUUUUUUUUUUUUUUUUUUUUUUUUUUUUUUUUUCUUUCUUCUUUUUUCUUUUUUCAUAUCGAUCGUCGUCGUUCAUUCGCCGAACGAAUCUAAUCCAAAGUUAAAACUAUGCUUUAAUUGAAACAAUGCGUUUUAUUUCUCUGUGAUCAUCGUUUUCGUACAAUUCGUACAAUUCGUACAAUUUUACGAAUACAAUUUAUUUCCUGAUUCUAAAGUCCAAAAAAAGAAGAAGAAGAAAAGAAAAAAAAGAAGAGGAAGAAAGAAAAAAACGAAUGGAUAGUUAAAUAAUGUACGUAGUUCAUUUGAAUUUGCGGUUCUCGUAAAUGAUUCUAAACGUUUCGAUGUAAUUUUCUACGUCGUUUCGAGGAUUGCGAUUUUAAACGAUCCCCGCGAGAACAGCGAUGCGACAACAACGAUGGAAGGAUUCGAAUCGUGCGAUGUGUGCUCGCGAGAGAGAACAUAACGGCAAAUUAUGUCGCUCCGAUAGAUCUUAAUAGCGGAGAAAGUGCACUAAAUGAACCUAAGGCUAAUCUCUAGCAGCACGAAGUAUUAACGUUAAUAGCGAAAUUAUAUUGUAAAGGAGCGAGGAAGCCAUUAAAUACUAUGCAUAGGCCACUCCUAACGUUUCCUAUGUAUAGAGAGGUACGUCGAAAACGAGAGCCGCAUUCUUUUCGCAAUGUCUGUCUCUAAAGAGAUCGUUCGAGCGAGGAAAAUGAACGAAAAAAGAAAAAAAAAGAAAAAAAAGAGAAAAAAAAAACAAGAAAAAAAAAAAGAGAAAAAAAUUAAUUAAUAAAUAAAUAAAUAAAUAAAACUAAAGAAUGAUAAUAAAAUUGAUAUAACGGAGGGAAAAGAAGAUCUCGGAUUUGACAAUGCGAAGAGAAAAACGUCGAUCGUGCGUCCAUUGUGACGAGUACCAAAGAUCGGACAUCGCGGGAUGAUAAACAAUAGUACUUUAAAAAGUUAAAUAAGAAGCGCAGAAGUUUCUACCGUCUUUUUUUCGAUCAUGGCAGAAAGAGACAAACGCACAUUCAUACAUACACACAUACACACACACAUGCGCACACACAUAUAUAUAUAUAUAUAUAAUACACACAUACAUACAUUCGUACAUACUUGUACUAACACGUUUAUGCGACAUACAUAAGAGAAAAGAAAGAAAGAAAAAAAAAAAGAAACAGAAAAAAAAAACAGAAAAAAAACCGCAAAAGCAAGAAGGAAAAAUUGAACAAAAAAAGAAAAAUUAAGAAAAAAAUGUUUCACGACCGAUCUACGUAUAUUUACUCGUACGCCGUAUUCCACGAGAGUCCUCAGUUAUUUCUUUUUUUCAAAAAAUAUUUAUAAGUAUUCCGAUAAAUCCUCGAAAGAGAGAGAAAGAGAGAGAGAGAGAGAGAGAGAGAGAGAGAGAGAGAGAGAGAGAGAAAGACCGGAUUCAAAACUAAUGGCAUUAAAGGAAAAAAGAAGGAGAAAAAAGAAGAGGAAAAAAAAAAGAAAAAAAAAAUGAUAUAAUAAAUUUAUUCCAGUUUGAUCUAUGUAAAAGUACUUGUACAUGUCGUGGCGCUUGUCGUGGAAAAUGAAAGAAAAGUGAUAUUAUUUAUUUGCGAAUUUGAUAAACGGCAAAAUCGCCAAAGAAAGAUCUUUCUUUAUUAUAGUUGUGUAUCCGACAUGCUUUAUCAAUCGAAAUAUUAUUAUUACUUUGUUAAAUGUAACGGUCAAUUAUGUUCUAAAUAAAAUCUGCCAAGAUUCU